AUCAGUCAAAAUCUUCACUUUUCCGUAUUUUUUAAUGCUUGUCGCUGCAACUACCCAGACUCGAUUGUUCCAACUCCCAAGUCGAACUCAGUGGAGAAAAAGAAGGUUGAAAAUCUGGAAGAAUAGAUCUUUAUCAUCAAUGGCACCACCUCCUAUUCUGUCCUUAGCCCUUCCAUCUGGAACAGGUCGAGUCUUAAGCAUCCAAUCUCAUACUGUCCAGGGAUAUGUUGGCAAUAAAUCAGCUGUCUUUCCUCUUCAACUUCUUGGCUUCGAUGUGGAUCCUAUCAACUCUGUUCAAUUCUCCAAUCACACAGGAUAUCCUACAUUUAAGGGCCAAGUUUUGAAUGGACAACAGCUAUGGGAAUUAAUAGAAGGACUAGAAGCGAACAAUUUACUGUACUACACUCAUUUGUUAACGGGUUAUAUUGGUUCAGUUUCAUUUCUGGACACUGUUUUGCGAGUUGCUGAUAAGCUACGCUCAGUCAACCCAAAUUUGCAAUAUGUUUGUGAUCCAGUUAUGGGUGAUGAAGGAAAGCUUUAUGUACCUCAGGAACUGGUAUCUGUAUACCGUGAGAAGGUUGUCCCAGUAGCUUCCAUGUUGACUCCAAACCAGUUUGAAGCAGAACAGUUGACAGGUUUCAGGAUUGAUUCAGAAUCAGCUGGUUUGGAAGCCUGUAACAUUCUUCAUGGAUUUGGACCUUCAAAGGUUGUGAUCACAAGUGUGCAUCUAGGGGAUAGUCUCUUUCUACUUGGGAGCCAUCAAAAAGUAAAGGGUCAGCCUCCUGAACAAUUCAAGAUUGUGAUACCAAAAAUCCCUGCAUACUUUACGGGAACAGGGGAUCUUACAACAGCGCUGCUACUAGGAUGGAGCAAUAAAUAUCCAGAUAACCUCGAUAAAGCAUCAGAGUUUGCAGUUUCAACCUUACAGGCACUGCUACACAGGACUAUUACUGAUUACGAGAGCGUGGGAUUUGAUCCAUCGUCCAGCAGUUUGGAGAUCCGGUUGGUCCAGAGCCAGGAGGACAUCAGGAGCCCUAAGGUUAACUUUAAGGCACAUACUUAUAAGUAGAUAGCAAUUUUCAUACACAUGUUUACCUUCGUGGAACUUCAUAUACAACAUAUGGUCAUUGGUUUUGUGAAACUCAGGCAGACAAUAUUCUUCUAUUUAAAAUGUUAUUAUUCCCUCAACCUUUAGUAUAUGAGCACAGAUCCGUUGACAGGCUCGAAACACACAGGAUUUAACAGUGACGAGUAUUAUUACCGUGAUAAGUGUUAUUAUUCCCUCAACCUUUAGUAUAUAUCCCGUGACGAGUAUUAUUAUUCCCUCAAUCUUUCUUUAGAUAAAGGAAAUAUUGUUAUACAUUUGUAGUUAAAAAGGAAUAAAGUCAAGUACGUUGACGUAGACAGCAUACAUAAUAACUCUCUUCUUGUUAAUGAUUCUUUUUCAAGUAUGUAAUGAUGCCCCCUCUUGUUUUACGAUGUGAUUCGAGUUUCGUGAGAACUAGCGUCACUGUUAAACUUUAGUAUAUAUACCGUGACGAGUAUUAUUAUUCC